AUGGCAUUCGUUUCAGCACAAGGGCCUACGGUGGUGGACCAAACCACUUUGAUGAAGAAAUACCUUCAGUUUGUGGCUGCUCUGACAGAUGUCAAUACACCUGAUGAAACCAAACUGAAAAUGAUGCAAGAAGUCAGUGAGAAUUUUGAGAAUGUGACAUCGUCCCCUCAAUAUUCUACGUUCCUGGAACACAUCAUCCCUAGGUUUCUGACCUUUCUGCAGGAUGGAGAAGUUCAGUUUCUGCAGGAGAAGCCAGCACAGCAACUCCGAAAGCUCGUGCUUGAAAUAAUUCACAGGAUACCAACAAAUGAACAUCUUCGUCUUCAUACCAAAAAUAUCCUCUCAGUGAUGUUUAGAUUUCUAGAGACGGAGAAUGAAGAAAACGUCCUGAUUUGCUUACGGAUAAUUAUUGAAUUGCACAAACAGUUCCGACCAGCCAUCACUCAAGAAAUCCAUCAUUUUUUGGACUUUGUGAAACAGAUUUACAAGGAACUUCCAAAAGUAGUGAAUCGGUAUUUUGAGAAUCCUCAGGUGAUUCCAGAGAACACUGUUCCUACUCCUGAAAUGGUUGGCAUGAUUACAACAAUUGUGGUGAAAGUAAACCCUGAGCGAGAAGAUAGUGAAACGAGAACACAUUCUAUAAUUCCCAGAGGAUCUUUAUCUCUCAAGGUCUUGGCUGAGCUACCUAUUAUUGUUGUUCUUAUGUAUCAGCUCUACAAACUGAACAUUCAUAAUGUAGUAGCUGAAUUUGUGCCCUUGAUUAUGAACACUAUUAUAAUCCAGGUUUCUGUGCAAGCAAGACAACACAAACUUUAUAACAAGGAAUUGUAUGCUGAUUUUAUCGCUGCUCAAAUUAAAACGUUGUCUUUUUUGGCUUACAUCAUAAGAAUUUACCAGGAAUUAGUGGCUAAAUAUUCUCAGCAAAUGGUAAAAGGAAUGUUGCAGUUGCUCUCCAAUUGUCCAGCUGAAACGGCACACCUCCGGAAGGAGCUGCUGAUUGCUGCUAAGCACAUCUUGACCACAGACUUGAGGAGCCAAUUUAUUCCAUGCAUGGACAAGCUAUUCGAUGAAUCUAUACUAAUUGGCUCUGGAUACACUGCCCGAGAGACACUGAGACCACUUGCCUACAGUACGCUGGCAGACCUGGUACAUCACGUCCGUCAGCAUUUACCCCUCAACGAUCUCUCCCUUGCUGUCCAGUUGUUUGCCAAGAACAUUGAUGAUGAGUCCUUGCCUAGCAGUAUCCAGACAAUGUCUUGCAAGCUUCUGCUAAAUUUGGUUGACUGUAUCCGGUCUAAAAGUGAACAGGAAAAUGGAAAUGGUAGAGAUAUUCUUAUGAGAAUGCUGGAGGUUUUUGUUCUGAAAUUUCACACUAUCGCACGGUACCAGCUCUCUGUCAUUUUUAAGAAAUGCAAGCCGCAGUCUGAGCUGGGGGCUGCGGAAGCCGCGUUACCCGGAGUGCCGACAGCAGCGAACGCGGCACCUGUUCCUGUGCCAUCUCCUGCCCCAGCCACCCCGGUCGCUCCUGCACCAGUACCCGUGUUUGAAAAACAGGGGGAGAAAGAAAAAGAAGAUAAACAGACCUUUCAGGUCACAGAUUGCCGAAGCUUAGUGAAAACUUUGGUCUGCGGUGUCAAGACAAUCACGUGGGGCAUAACGUCGUGUAAAGCUCCUGGUGAAGCACAGUUCAUUCCUAAUAAGCAGUUGCAACCUAAGGAGACUCAAAUCUAUAUAAAACUGGUGAAAUAUGCAAUGCAAGCGUUAGAUAUUUAUCAGGUCCAAAUAGCAGGAAAUGGACAGACAUAUGUUCGAGUGGCAAACUGCCAGACGGUCAGAAUGAAAGAGGAAAAGGAAGUUCUGGAGCAUUUUGCUGGCGUGUUCACAAUGAUGAACCCUUUAACUUUUAAAGAAAUUUUUCAAACUACUGUUCCUUAUAUGGUGGAAAGAAUCUCAAAGAACUAUGCUCUUCAGAUUGUUGCCAAUUCCUUCUUGGCAAACCCUACUACCUCUGCCCUCUUUGCGACGAUUUUGGUUGAGUAUCUUCUGGAUCGGCUGCCAGAAAUGGGCUCUAAUGUGGAACUCUCCAAUCUGUAUCUCAAGCUGUUCAAGUUAGUCUUUGGCUCAGUUUCACUAUUUGCAGCUGAAAAUGAACAAAUGCUGAAGCCACAUUUGCACAAGAUUGUGAACAGCUCUAUGGAACUUGCACAGACUGCCAAAGAGCCCUAUAACUAUUUCCUGCUGCUCAGAGCACUGUUCAGAUCUAUUGGAGGAGGCAGUCAUGAUCUGUUAUAUCAAGAAUUCUUGCCGCUGUUACCAAACUUACUGCAAGGACUCAAUAUGUUGCAAAGUGGCCUUCAUAAACAGCACAUGAAAGACUUGUUUGUAGAGCUCUGCCUCACAGUGCCGGUUCGUUUGAGCUCAUUACUGCCCUAUCUGCCGAUGCUGAUGGAUCCCUUGGUGUCAGCUCUCAAUGGAUCUCAGACCCUGGUUAGCCAAGGAUUAAGAACUCUUGAACUGUGCGUGGAUAACUUGCAGCCAGACUUUCUGUAUGAUCAUAUUCAGCCAGUUCGAGCUGAGCUAAUGCAGGCUUUGUGGCGUACACUGCGUAAUCCUGCAGACAGCAUUUCUCAUGUGGCUUAUCGUGUACUUGGUAAAUUUGGUGGAAGCAACAGGAAGAUGUUAAAGGAAUCGCAGAAACUACAGUAUGUAGUCACAGAAAUCCAAGGACCCAGUAUUACAAUCGAAUUUUCAGACUGUAAAGCAUCCAUUCAGCUCCCAAUGGAAAAGGCGAUUGAGACUGCUCUGGACUGUUUGAAGAGUGCUAACACAGAACCGUAUUAUCGGAGGCAAGCGUGGGAAGUAAUCAAGUGUUUUUUAGUGGCUAUGAUGAGCCUGGAUGACAACAAACAUGCGUUAUACCAGCUUCUUGCACAUCCCAACUUUACUGAGAAGUCCAUACCCAGUGUGAUUAUUUCGCAUCGAUACAAAGCUCAGGAUACUCCAGCUCGUAAAACGUUUGAACAGGCAUUGACAGGGGCGUUCAUGUCAGCAGUCAUCAAAGACCUGCGGCCUAGUGCUCUGCCUUUUGUCGCCAGCUUAAUCCGCCAUUACACCAUGGUGGCAGUGGCUCAGCAGUGUGGUCCGUUUUUGCUGCAGUGCUAUCAGGUUGGAAGCCAGCCUAGCACGGCCAUGUUUCAUAGUGAAGAAAACGGGUCAAAAGGCAUGGAUCCCUUGGUGCUUAUUGAUGCCAUAGCAAUCUGCAUGGCAUAUGAGGAGAAGGAACUCUGCAAAAUAGGAGAGGUGGCACUCGCAGUGAUAUUUGAUGUUGCAAGCAUUAUCUUGGGUUCAAAGGAAAGGGCCUGCCAGCUUCCUUUGUUUUCGUACAUUGUGGAACGUUUGUGUGCUUGCUGUUACGAACAAGCUUGGUAUGCUAAACUAGGAGGUGUCGUGUCAAUUAAAUUUCUUAUGGAACGGCUGCCACUCAUUUGGGUCCUCCAGAACCAGCAGACUUUCCUGAAGGCACUUCUCUUUGUUAUGAUGGAUCUAACUGGAGAGGUUUCCAAUGGAGCAGUUGCCAUGGCAAAGACCACGUUAGAACAGCUUUUGAUUAGAUGUGCAACUCCUUUAAAAGAUGAAGAAAAACCAGAAGAAAUCCUAGCAGCACAGGAAAAGUCCUUCCAUCAUGUAACGCAUGACCUCGUUCGAGAAGUAACCUCUCCAAACUCUACUGUGAGAAAACAGGCCAUGCAUUCAUUGCAGGUACUUGCACAGGUCACGGGAAAAAGUGUCACGGUGAUCAUGGAGCCACAUAAAGAGGUUCUCCAAGACAUGGUUCCUCCUAAAAAGCAUUUACUUAGGCAUCAACCUGCAAAUGCCCAGAUUGGCCUGAUGGAAGGAAAUACAUUUUGCACAACACUGCAACCCCGUUUGUUUACGAUGGAUCUAAAUGUUGUGGAACACAAGGUUUUCUACACAGAGUUACUGAAUUUGUGUGAGGCUGAAGAUGCUGCCUUAAUGAAACUACCUUGUUACAAAAGUCUUCCAUCGCUUGUACCUCUUCGGAUUGCAGCCUUAAAUGCUCUAGCUGCCUGCAAUUACUUGCCUCAGUCAAGAGAGAAAAUCAUUGCUGCACUUUUCAAGGCACUUAAUUCAACCAAUAAUGAACUGCAGGAGGCAGGAGAAGCAUGCAUGAGAAAGUUCUUGGAAGGAGCUACGAUAGAAGUUGAUCAAAUUCAUACCCACAUGAGACCAUUGCUUAUGAUGCUGGGAGACUAUCGGAGUCUGACACUGAAUGUUGUGAAUCGUCUGACAUCUGUCACUAGACUUUUUCCAAACUCCUUUAAUGAUAAAUUCUGUGAUCAGAUGAUGCAACACCUGCGCAAGUGGAUGGAAGUUGUAGUUAUUACACACAAAGGUGGACAACGGAGUGAUGGAAAUCCUGCCGCGGAAGGGGUAGAGGAAAUGAAGAUUUGUUCAGCAAUUAUAAAUUUAUUCCACCUGAUCCCAGCUGCCCCUCAGACUUUGGUUAAACCUCUGCUGGAAGUUGUUAUGAAAACAGAACGAGCAAUGUUAAUUGAGGCUGGCAGUCCAUUCAGGGAACCACUGAUAAAAUUUUUGACACGCCAUCCGUCCCAGACUGUGGAGCUGUUCAUGAUGGAAGCCACUCUAAAUGAUCCACAGUGGAGCAGAAUGUUUAUGAGUUUCUUGAAACAUAAAGAUGCCAAACCUCUACGAGAUGUACUGGCAGCUAAUCCUAACCGAUUUAUCACUCUGCUGUUACCUGUUGGGACCCAAGCAGCUGUUAGGCCUGGUUCUCCAAGCACUACCACUAUGCGUCUUGAUCUUCAGUUUCAGGCUAUCAAGAUCAUAAGUAUUAUUGUUAAGAACGAUGAAUGUUGGUUAGCAAAUCAACAUUCCUUGGUCAAUCAGCUGAAACGUGUGUGGGUGAGCGAAGCUUUUCAGGAGAGACAUCGUAAGGAGAAUAUGGCUGCGACAAACUGGAAGGAACCUAAGCUGUUAGCAUAUUGCUUAUUGAAUUACUGCAAAAGGAAUUACGGUGAUAUAGAGUUGCUCUUCCAGUUGCUUCGGGCUUUUACGGGUCGAUUUCUCUGCAAUAUGACUUUCUUAAAGGAAUACAUGGAAGAAGAGAUCCCCAAAAACUACAGUAUUCCUCAAAAACGGGCUUUGUUCUUCCGGUUUGUAGACUUCAAUGACCCAAACUUUGGAGAUGAGCUCAAAGCCAAGGUCUUGCAACACAUCCUGAAUCCUGCGUUCUUGUACAGUUUUGAAAAGGGAGAAGGCGAACAGCUUUUGGGACCCCCAAACCCAGAAGGAGAUAAUCCAGAAAGCAUCACUAGUGUUUUCAUAACAAAGGUACUUGAUCCAGAAAAACAGGCUGACAUGCUGGAUUCUCUCAGGAUAUAUCUCUUGCAGUUUGCCACACUUCUGGUUGAGCAUGCUCCACAUCACAUUCAUGACAAUAACAAAAACCGGAACAGCAAACUACGACGCCUGAUGACCUUUGCUUGGCCUUGCCUUUUGUCUAAGGCCUGUGUGGACCCAGCAUGCAAAUACAGUGGACAUUUGCUUCUGGCACACAUCAUUGCAAAAUUUGCCAUACAUAAGAAGAUAGUUCUGCAGGUUUUUCACAGUCUUCUGAAAGCUCAUGCGAUGGAGGCCCGAGCUAUUGUGAGGCAAGCGAUGGCUAUUCUGACUCCAGCUGUGCCUGCUCGCAUGGAAGAUGGUCAUCAGAUGCUGACCCACUGGACACGAAAAAUCAUUGUGGAAGAGGGUCAUACGGUUCCCCAACUAGUACAUAUUUUGCACUUGAUAGUACAACAUUUCAAGGUUUAUUAUCCAGUGAGACAUCACUUGGUGCAGCAUAUGGUUAGUGCCAUGCAGAGACUGGGCUUCACUCCCAGUGUUACGAUAGAGCAAAGAAAAUUAGCUGUGGAUCUUGCUGAAGUAGUUAUUAAAUGGGAAUUGCAAAGAAUUAAAGACCAGCAGCCAGAUUCAGAUAUGGAUUCGGGAGCAAGUGGAGAAGGAGUAAGUUCUGCCUCAUCUGCUGUUAAAAGAGGAUUGUCUAUUGAUUCUGGCCAAGAAGUAAAACGAUUCAGGACAGCUACAGGAGCGAUAAGUGCUGUAUUUGGACGUAGCCAGUCCUUGCCAGGAGCUGAUGCACUUCUUUCCAAGCCGAUUGACAAGCAGCACACAGAUACAGUCGUGAAUUUCUUGAUUAGAAUUGCUUGCCAGGUAAAUGACAACUCAAACACUGCUGGAUCUCCUGGGGAAUUGCUGUCUCGCCGCUGUGUCAACCUUCUGAAAACAGCUUUGCGACCAGACAUGUGGCCAAAGUCAGAACUGAAGUUGCAAUGGUUUGAUAAACUGCUAAUGACUGUGGAACAACCCAAUCAGGCCAACUUUGCCAACAUUUGCACUGGCUUAGAGGUCUUAAGUUUCCUGUUAACUGUACUGCAGCCCCCAGCUGUCCUUAGCAGCUUCAAACCCCUGCAGCGAGGUGUAGCAGCCUGUAUGACGUGUGGGAACACCAAGGUUUUGAGAGCAGUCCACAGCCUGCUUUCUCGCUUGAUGGGUAUUUUCACUCAAGAACCAAGUACCUCAAGUGUAGCUUCGAAGUAUGAAGAGCUGGAGUGCCUUUAUGCUGCAGUUGGAAAGGUUAUUUAUGAAGGACUUACUAAUUAUGAAAAAGCCACCAAUGCUAACCCUUCCCAGCUCUUCGGUACUUUAAUGAUUCUGAAGUCAGCGUGCAGUAACAAUCCCAGCUAUAUUGACAGGCUGAUUUCGGUUUUCAUGCGGUCUCUGCAGAAGAUGGUCAGGGAACACCUAAACCCACAGGCUACAGCAGGAACAGCAGAAGCAAAUACAGCAGGUACAAGUGAGCUGGUAAUGCUAAGCCUGGAUCUUGUGAAAACUCGCCUGGCUGUGAUGAGCAUGGAAAUGAGGAAAAAUUUCAUACAAGCUAUUCUGACAUCUCUCAUUGAAAAAUCUACGGAUGCCAAAAUUCUUCGUGCAGUGGUAAAGAUAGUGGAAGAGUGGGUGAAAAACAACUCCCCGAUGGCAGCUAAUCAGACACCUACUCUCCGGGAGAAGUCCAUUUUACUAGUGAAAAUGAUGACUUACAUUGAAAAGCGUUUUCCAGAAGACCUUGAAUUAAAUGCCCAGUUCUUAGACCUUGUUAACUAUGUCUAUAGGGAUGAGAACCUUUCUGGUAGCGAACUUACUGCUAAACUGGAGCCAGCAUUUCUUUCGGGUUUGCGUUGUGCCCAGCCACUCAUACGAGCCAAGUUUUUUGAGGUCUUUGACAAUUCUAUGAAACGUCGUGUUUAUGAGCGCCUCCUUUAUGUGACCUGUUCUCAAAACUGGGAAGCAAUGGGGAAUCAUUUUUGGAUAAAACAGUGCAUCGAGCUCCUGUUGGCAGUGUGCGAGAGAAACACAACAAUUGGGACGAGCUGUCAGGGUGCGAUGCUGCCCUCUAUCACCAAUGUUAUCAACCUUGCCGACAGUCACGACAGAGCGGCAUUUGCGAUGGUGACCCAUGUCAAACAAGAGCCUCGGGAAAGAGAGAACAGUGAAUCCAAGGAAGAGGAUGUUGAAAUUGACAUUGAAUUGGCUCCAGGAGAUCAGACCAGCACACCUAAAACGAAGGAACUUUCUGAGAAGGACAUUGGCAAUCAGCUGCACAUGUUGACCAACCGGCAUGACAAAUUUCUUGACUCUCUUCGGGAAGUGAAGACUGGAGCGUUGCUGAGUGCCUUCGUUCAGUUAUGUCAUAUUUCUACACCGUUAGCAGAGAAGACUUGGAUACAGCUUUUUUCACGACUUUGGAAAAUCUUGUCUGACAGACAGCAACACGCUCUAGCAGGUGAAAUAAGCCCUUUCUUGUGCAGUGGUAGCCACCAAGUGCAGCGAGAUUGCCAGCCAAGUGCACUGAAUUGCUUUGUGGAAGCAAUGUCACAGUGUGUUCCUCCCAUUCCCAUCAGACCUUGUGUCCUGAAAUACUUGGGUAAAACUCACAAUCUCUGGUUUCGUUCUACACUGAUGCUGGAACAUCAAGCCUUUGAAAAAGGACUGAGUCUGCAGAUUAAGCCUAAACAGACAACAGAAUUUUAUGAGCAGGAAAGCAUAACUCCUCCUCAACAGGAAAUACUGGAUUCCCUUGCUGAGCUCUACUCCUUGUUACAAGAAGAGGAUAUGUGGGCUGGACUAUGGCAGAAACGCUGUAAAUUCCCAGAGACAGCAACAGCUAUUGCCUAUGAACAACAUGGCUUUUUUGAACAGGCACAAGAAACUUAUGAAAAAGCAAUGGAAAAGGCUAAAAAAGAGCAUGAACGGAACAAUGCUUCCCCUUCCAUCUUUCCUGAGUAUCAGCUCUGGGAAGACCAUUGGAUUCGUUGCUCAAAAGAAUUGAACCAGUGGGAACCUUUGACAGAAUAUGGCCAAUCAAAGGGUCACAUAAAUCCUUACCUAGUACUGGAGUGUGCAUGGAGGGUCUCCAACUGGACUGCUAUGAAGGAGGCUCUGGUGCAGGUGGAGUUGAGUUGUCCAAAAGAGAUGGCAUGGAAAGUGAAUAUGUACAGAGGGUAUUUAGCAAUCUGCCACCCGGAAGAGCAACAGCUCAAUUUCAUUGAGCGUCUGGUAGAGAUGGCGAGUAGCUUGGCUAUUCGCGAGUGGCGAAGGCUUCCUCACGUGGUCUCACAUGUUCACACUCCCCUUCUCCAG